CUCAUAAGGAAAUAUGGGUCCACAAGGGAAAAAGAGAAAGGCCGCCAGCAAAGUCGAAGAGAUCACCUUUGAUGCGGCCGACCGGCAGGAGUUUCUCACAGGCUUUCGCAAGCGGAAGCAACAACGAAUCAAACAUGCCCAAGAGGUGGCACAGCAAAAGGCUCGGGAGUUGAAGAGGGAGUCGCGGAAACGAAUGCGCGAAGAACGAACCGCGGAAUUCCAGCAGGCGCUAGAAGAGCACCGGAGACAGCUCAAGAGGCUCAAGGAAGAGGACAGCGACAAUGAGAACUCGGCUUCAGGAAGUGAUAGUGACGAAGGCGACGACCAGGAAUGGGAAGGGUUCGAAGAACCGCCAGCCGUGGAUUACGAAGCGGAAUACAUAGACGAAGACAAAUACACUACGGUCACAGUGGAGGAAAUGGAUCCCUCCAAGGAAGGCCUACUCCGAUCGGUAGGCGAUGAAGACGACGAAGAGGAAGAAGCGGAAGAACGGACUGAGGUGACCUCUGCAUCGGACCCCAACUCGAACCCCUCCGGCGAAAAGAGCAAAAAGAAGAAGGCCGAUACCAAGCCGAAAAAGAAGAAGAAGUUCCGUUACGAAAGCAAGGAAGAACGCAAGCUUACCAGGGCGAAAGAACGCUUGUCGAAUCACAGGAAGGCCAAGGCUCGACGAGAACGCUGA